AUGAUAAAUUUAUUUUAUCCAACAACAAAAUGGCAACAAAUUAAUCUUUGGUUAAAAUCUCUUUCACAUAUAAUUGACCAUUCUGUUAAUGAUUAUGCCUUUUUAAUGCGAGUACAGGAAAAAAUCAUUGAUGAAAACCAAAUUAUUUCAUCAACAAUAGAUCAAACAGAAUUAAUGAUAAUCGAUAUUAUUGAUCGAAAUAUUAUAACAAAAGUUAUUUUUACAUUUGAAACAAAUAGUCAUUAUGUUUAUGCAUUAAAAUCCAUGAAAAUUUCUUCAUUAUUAAAUAAUGAAAAUAUUUUCGAACGAUUAAAUUUAAUUGAUAUAUCUUCUGAUGAUUGUUGUUUUAUAUUGAAGGAAACAAAUGAAAAAAUUUUAACAAAAGAUGAUCUUGAGAAAACUAUUGAUACUUAUUCAACUAUUGAAAAUCAAUCAAUUCAUUUUCAAAUAUCGAUGUCAAUACAAAUAAUAAAAUAUGAUGAUAAAGAACAAAUAAAAAUACCUUGGUUAAAUAAAAAUAUAACUAUUGAACAAUUACUACAUUUAACAGGAAAGCCAAUCGAUAUUUACAAAUAUUUAGCUGUGAAGGAUACUAAUAGAAUUAUUAAUUCUAAUGAAAACCUUUCGAAUUUAAAUAAAAUGACAUUUAUUCUUGUUAAAGAAAAUGAAACUUGUCUUGUAUCAAUUAAGACAUCGAAUAAUUUACAGCAAAUUUAUAAUAAUAAAGAAGAAAAUGAGAAAUAUCAACGAUUUAAUGUUUUUGCUACUAUAGCUGAUAUUAAGAAAGAAAAUCAUAUUGAUAGUUUACAUCAAUAUCUUCUAUAUUCAAAUGAUUUUGUUCUAUCAACAGAUAUUCAAUUAAUAUAUCUUCAAUUGGAAUCACCAAUUCAAUUUACUUUGAUCGAUCAAAAUUUACCAAUUUCCGUUACUAUACAAAAUGAUGAAAAAAAUAAAUCAAUUCAAUUUACUUGUUCACUUUCGAUAACAGUAAAACAUCUCUGUACGCUUGCAUGUCAAAUAUUUGGUAUAAAUUAUGAGUUUUAUUAUUUAUCUAUGAAUGACAUUACAUUAAAUGAUGAUGAAAUUUCUUUAAAAGAUAUUGAUGAAAAUAUGACUGAAAUUCAAUUUCAAAUGAUUUCAACAGCAUCUAUACAUUGCUCAAUCAUGUAUUCCAAUCAGAACAUUACAUUUCCAUGCAGUCAAGAUACACCAAUAGUAACUAUAGUUAAAGAAACUUUUCAAAAAUUACACAUAUCAGAAGAUAAUAUAAAUAUGUACGAGUUAAUAGCAUUGAAUGACGAUCGAACUCGAAUCAGUUUCGAUUUAUCAAUACAUGAUAUUCGUGAAUUGUUUCCUAUUGAUUCGACGACAGUAUCAUUUGAAUUAAAGAAUAUAGAUGAAUGA